AGCGAGGAGGGCCCCAGAAGUGUGCGACGUCGGUUCAUCAUUUGUGAUUUAUACAUUUUUGCUACCCCUACUGUCUAAUACAUGUCAUGUCAUUGUGUGGGUUCAUUUUUGUAUAAUUUUUGUCUUACAUUUUUUUUUUUGUGGAGGGGCAGUCUCCGCCAUUUGGGGGCGCAUCGGUCAGUUGUACGCUGGCCGAGCAGCGACAAACAUCCGGUUACCGGUAAUCCAAUAUCCGAUCGGACAUAGAGUGCCCCGCCAUCAAUCUAAUCGCGCAUGGAAAUCUUCUAAGGCUUCCAGACUCGCCUCGUGGUGUUUUGUUUUGUUUGGUUUUUUUUUGGACUAGUGAGAUAAACUGAUCUGAAUCCUCGCCAAAACUAUGGAAGUGCUAAAGAAAGACGCCGCCAUGGGCUCCCCGAGCAGCGUCUUCUAUUUCCUGCUGCUGCCCACCCUGGUCCUGUGGUACAUAUACUGGCGUCUGUCCCGGGCCCAUCUCUACAGGCUGGCCGGACGACUGCCGGGCCCGCGUGGCCUGCCCAUCGUGGGACACCUGUUCGACGUGAUUGGACCCGCUUCAUCUGUUUUCAAAACAGUGAUCCGGAAGAGCGCCCCCUUUGAACAUAUUGCCAAAAUGUGGAUCGGUCCCAAGCUGGUGGUCUUCAUCUACGACCCCCGCGAUGUGGAGCUCCUGCUCAGCAGUCAUGUGUACAUUGACAAGGCCUCCGAGUACAAGUUCUUCAAGCCCUGGCUCGGAGAUGGGCUGCUGAUCAGCACAGGUCAAAAAUGGCGCUCGCAUCGCAAACUAAUCGCACCCACAUUCCAUUUGAAUGUCUUGAAGAGUUUCAUCGAGCUGUUCAACGAGAACUCUCGCAAUGUGGUGCGGAAGCUGCGUGCGGAGGAUGGACGCACAUUUGAUUGUCAUGAUUACAUGAGUGAGGCGACUGUGGAGAUUCUAUUGGAGACAGCCAUGGGCGUGUCGAAGAAGACACAGGACAAGUCCGGAUUCGAGUACGCGAUGGCCGUGAUGCGGAUGUGCGAUAUACUCCAUGCCCGGCACCGGAGCAUCUUUCUGCGCAACGAGUUCGUCUUCACCCUGACGCGCUACUACAAGGAACAGGGGCGUCUGCUCAGUAUUAUACAUGGCCUUACCACCAAGGUCAUUCGCAGCAAGAAGGCGGCCUUCGAGCAGGGCACUCGAGGAUCUCUCGCCCAGUGCGAGCUCAAGGCGGCCGCCCUAGAGAGAGAGCGCGGACAGGAACAGAAACAGGAACAGAAACAGAAACAGGAACAGGCGGAGAUGGGCUCAGCAGGCGGGGGGAAUGCUGCUGGCGAGGGCACACCUGUCGCUGGGCUCUCCUACGGCCAGUCCGCGGGCCUCAAGGACGACCUAGACGUGGAGGACAACGACAUUGGUGAGAAGAAGCGACUGGCCUUUCUCGACCUGAUGCUGGAGAGCGCCCAGAACGGAGCCCUCAUCACGGACACGGAGAUCAAGGAGCAGGUGGAUACGAUUAUGUUCGAGGGCCAUGACACCACCGCAGCCGGCUCGUCCUUCUUCCUCUCACUGAUGGGCAUACACCAGGAAAUCCAGGACCGCGUGAUUGCCGAGCUGGACGGCAUCUUCGGGGACUCCCAGCGCCCGGCCACGUUCCAGGACACGCUAGAAAUGAAAUACCUGGAGCGCUGCCUGAUGGAAACGCUGCGCAUGUACCCCCCAGUGCCACUGAUCGCCCGCGAGUUGCAGGAGGAUCUUAAGUUGAAUUCUGGCGACUACGUUAUACCGCGCGGAGCCACGGUGACGGUGGCCACUGUUCUGUUGCAUCGCAAUCCCAAGGUCUACACGAAUCCCAAUGUCGUCGAUCCGGACAACUUUCUGUCCGAGCGCCAGGCCAACCGACAUUACUAUGCCUUCAUCCCCUUCUCCGCGGGACCACGCAGCUGUGUGGGGCGCAAGUAUGCCAUGCUAAAGCUCAAAAUUCUACUCUCGACUAUCUUGCGGAACUAUCGCGUCUACUCGGACCUCAGUGAGUCGGACUUCAAGCUCCAGGCGGAUAUCAUACUGAAGCGUGAGGAGGGCUUUCGUGUGCGUCUCCAGGCCAGAUGAGCAGCACAAAACAAUUUUCCAAAAAAACCAAAAAAAAGGGCAACUUUUCCAUACAUAUAUCUCUAAUUUUUCGCAAGUGAUAGUCACCGGUUAAUACAGUAAUAAUAAUAUUAAUAUUAUAUAAUAAAAUUUGUUCAACACUCGAUUUAUUGGAAAAGUUUAGAAUUAUGUUUGUUUUUCUUUUUUUUUGGUCGCAUUUGAAAAAGAACAAGAAACCACUAUCAUCUCCAUUUAAAUGUAUUUGUGUUUGUGUAUAUAAUACGUAAUUAUGCAUAACGACUCUUUGUGCAAUGAUUUUGACAAUAAAUCCUCGGUGUAAUUAUAAUAUCGAUUAGUCGAUCGCUUAUCGAUUGCGUUGC